UCUUAUUUUUAUGGUUUAAAAUUGUUUAAAGCUUAGGCAUCCCUGCAACAUCUGCAGAACCAAACUCUUGAAAAAAAUAAGAAGAUGAAGUACAACUCUUUGUUCUCUAUUCCUUACAGAGGAACUACUUUUCUUCCAACCCUCCUCCUUUUGCUGUUUGUAUGGAAUUUUCCUUCAGUCAUGUCUACCUACGCAUGGCACACAUGCGAUAAUUCCUCAACUUUCACCAAUGGCAGCACCUAUUCCACAGACUUAAACCUAGUUAUCAACGAUCUGUAUCUUAAUGCACCUAAAAGUUCAGGGUUUAACACUUCUUCCCAUGGCCAAUCUCCCAGUAAGGUUUACGGUCUGCUCCAGUGCACUAGAAAUGUAUCAGCAGAGAGAUGCUCAAAAUGUGUGGUGGAAGCAAAUAAAACCAUUCACGACCUUUGCCCCAACGACAUAGGUGGGAAAAUAUGGCUGGAUGACUGCUUCAUGCGCUAUCAAAACUAUAAUUUCAUUUCAAGACUAGAUACUAAUAAAAUUAUCUUACUGAAUACGAUGGAUAUUAGUAAAAGUAGAGAUGCUUUCGAGAACACAACCAGCAGCCUUCUGUCGAAUCUGUCUGACACAGCUUGCAUCCCUGCAAAUAAGGGUGUCGCUGCUGGAACAGCCAAAUAUAAUGCUACUGGAAUAUUAUAUGGUUUAGUUCAGUGUUGUAGAGAUAUAUCAACAGAAGAUUGCAGAACAUGUUUGUCUAAAGCAAGAGCAAAUCUGAGCAAUUGCUGUUCUACAAAACAAGGAGCCCAGUUUCUGAGCGCGAGCUGCAGGGCAAGAUAUGAGAUAUACCCGAUUUUGGACUCUCAACAAUCGCCCUCUCCCUUGCCCUCGCCCUCUCCCUCCCCUGAGGAGUCCGUACAUCCAACUACUUCCACACCAGAAAAAAAGUCCUCGAAAACAUUACCUAUCGUUUUGGGGCUUGUGGGAGGCAUCAUUCUAGUUUUAUUUAUUUGUCUGGUCGUAUUCAGACAAAGAGUUAAAUCUCUUAUUUUUAAGGGACCAGUAACUAUUGCUACUCCCACUCAAGCUACAGAGAUGCAUGGAUUUUCCCCUCAACCUGCGUUCAUGGGAGAGCAAAACCUUGUCUUCAGCUUACAAGCUCUAGUAGAAGCCACAGAUAAUUUUAAUGACAACAAUAAGCUUGGACAGGGAGGCUUCGGUGCGGUGUACAAGGGGAUAACUAGUGAUGGAAAUGAAAUAGCAGUGAAGAAACUUUCUGCCAAAUCUAAACAAGGAAAGAAAGAAUUUAUGAAUGAAGUAAAAUUGGUGGCGAACGUUCAGCACCGAAACCUUGCAAGGCUGCUAGGCUGUUGCGUAGAGGGAAAUGAAAGGUUGCUUGUUUAUGAUUAUUUUCCAAACAAGAGUUUAGACACAUUUCUUUUUGAUGUAGAGAAGCGUAAAGAGCUAGACUGGGAAAAGCGUUAUAACAUCAUCAUUGGGAUUGCUCGUGGACUUCUCUACCUUCACCAGGAGUCACAGUUGAGAAUCAUUCAUAGAGAUAUUAAAGCGAACAAUAUUUUGCUUGACCACAAACUCAAUCCAAAGAUAGCUGACUUUGGUUUAGCUAAACUUUUUCCCGAAGACAAGACACAUAUCCAUACCAGAGUUGCAGGCACAUAUGGUUACAUGCCUCCAGAGUAUGCAAUGCGAGGACAGCUGUCAGUUAAAGUAGACGUUUACAGUUUUGGAGUAGUUCUGCUCGAGAUCAUAAGUGGAAGAAAAAACAAUGAUAAUCAUCUUCCCUACGAUAUGCAACACCUUGUAGAAUGGGCAUGGAAACUGUUCCAGGGAGGAAAUGCACUGAAUAUGGCAGAUUCAGAGGCAUCUGGAGUCAGUGAGGAGGAGGCCUUAAGAUGCAUCCAUGUUGGGCUUCUGUGUGUACAAGCUAAUGCAACAUUUCGUCCAGUUAUGUCUGAUGUUAUUACAAUGCUCUCAAGCAGUUCAGUGACAUUACCAAAUCCUUCAAAACCUGCUUUCGUAAGUACUGGUCACAGCCAUUCUCUAAAACCAGAACCAAUGUCAAUGUCAAGCUGGGGAAAUGACGAGGAUAAAAUCGUAACAACAUCACAGAUUUCUGGGGCAACUACAACAUCUUCAUCAGGGAUUCGUUCAGUAAAUGAAGCUUCCAUUACUGAAGUAGAAGCUAGGUGAUUUCACAUACCAUAAAUUAUCAAGUCACCGCUUAAACAACAACAACUCUGAAUUCCAUACUGGUCUUGGUAUAUAUGGACUUUCUGUAAAUGCUUACUCAUAGUUGAAUGAUGGCCAGCUCUCAGUUAACAUUUAGUAGGGCCUACCUCUUUCUUGUAAAGCUGAAUUUGAUGGCAUAAGGACAGUUUCUUCAGUUUUAAGUAAUAUUUUAUAGCUUGAAACUUUGUAAAGUCGUGUGAGAUAUUUAUAAAUAGCCAACAAAAAUUCAACUA